AUGGGUCAAGCUAAUCAGUCCAUGACCUCGGACUUCAUUCUCAUGGGGCUCUUCAGCCACGCAGGACCACAUCUUGUCCUAUUCUCCCUUGUGGUAACCAUAUUCACCAUGGGCCUUCUGGGCAAUGCUAUCCUGCUCUUUUUGAUUCACACAGACCCCAGGCUCCAUAAACCCAUGUACUUUUUGCUCAGUCAACUCUCCCUAUUGGAUGUUGGCUUCCCAUUGAUCACCAUUCCCAAGAUGGCAGCCAACUUCAUGCAGGGAGGUAGUUCCAUCUCCUUUGGAGGUUGUGGAACUCAGAUGUUCUUUCUGAUGUUGAUGGGUGUCUCUGAGGUUCUGCUAUCCCUCAUGUCUUAUGACCAUUAUGUUGCAGUGUGCCACCCCUUGCAUUAUCCCAUACUCAUGAGACACCAGCUGGGCCUGCUCAUGGUGGCCACCUCCUGGUUGUCGGGUGUGCUUGUGGCCUCCAUCCAGACCUCUAUAAUUCUGCACUUUCCAUACUGUGACUCACACACUGUGGAACACUUCUUUUGUGAACUGCCUGCUCUGCUAAAGCUCGCUAGUGCAGAUACCUCUGCCUAUGAGUUGACACUGUCCAUCUCGGGGGUGCUGAUCAUGUUGCUGUCUCUCUCACUCAUCUUCACCUCUUACAGCCACAUUUUGAGAACCAUUCUCUGCAUGAACUCAAUUGAGGGCUCCUCACUUAUCACAGUAGUGGGACUAUUUUAUGGGGCAGCUGUGUUCAUGCAUAUGGUUCCAGGCACCUACCACAGUCCACAGCAGGACAAUAUGGUUUUCUUCUUCUAUAGUCUUGUUAUCCCCACACUAAACCCCCUUAUCUAUAGUCUGAGAAAUCAAGAAGUUCAAGUGGCUUUGGCCAACUUCCUUAGCAGAGUUGCUUUCAGAUCAAAGAGAUGA